AUGAACCAAAAGGUGGUACUCAUCACAGGCUGCUCCUCUGGGAUUGGUCUGGCCUUGGCGGCUCGCAUCGCAAAGGAUGAGAAGAAAAGGUUCAUGGGUAAAUCUGAUAAAUCAUAGACUAAAUUAGCCAUUACUAUCAGCUUUAUUUUCAGCCAGUGUCACGGGUAUGCUGAUGGACACGGAACAUUUUAAGUUCUUGUCUUUGCUGGGAGAUACCCUGAAUUUUUCAAAAAAGGAGGGCUGGCUUCUGUUGAGUAUUGAACAACUUAGAUCUGUGGUUUCUCUGAGCUUGUGCAGAGGCCGCACCUUCAUUUGAAAGUACAGUGUGUAAAAACAGGAGUAUUUUGGGAUACUUGACUGAAAUGCUUCCAUCCUCCUGUAGGUGAAACCUUUAAGGACAAAAAGGCUCAUACAGCUCAAAUGAUACUCCAUCUGAUGACCUUUACCUUCAAAAAUGUUUAUCAUGAGAAUUUAUUUUUGUGCACAACAACAAUUACCACUCUUGUCCUCUUGCGUGUGUCUACAGACUCAUGCACUUUGGGUAGUGACGAUCAAGGCCUUGUUUAAGUAAGGACAGUUCUAUUAAAAAUACAAAAGCCUGUUUUUUGUAUUAAAAAGGGCACCCAGAUGACAAUGCUUUGAUAAUGAUAUACAACAACACUGGAGUUUGCAUGCAAGGACUGUAGUUGGUGGUAUAUCUGUCUAUCAAAGUACCACUAAAGAAGACCACCCACCUGCAUGAAUUCACUAUUUUCACAGGACGUGCUUUUGCAGCAGAUUUCACCCUUGAGCCAUUUCAAAAAUGUGCAUUUGGAGCUGCCAAAACUCAAAAACAGUUCUACUGAACCUAUUUCAGUGCUAACAGCACCUCUACACAAAAACUAACAUGCCACUAUUUUGUCUGUUCUGUACAUCUGUAUUGACGGCAAUGCAAGAUGGCAUCCUCUGUGUAAGGGUACCUGCUCCUACUUAUGUAUAAAAGCUCAAUUUAAAUGAACAAAAUAGAGCAGGUUUUUAUCAUCAGGCGAUUAUACAAUGAUUUAAAUGUUCUUAUGAGCACCGUAGCUGAAGCCAUUUCUGCUAAUAGCUGGUACUGUUCUGCAGAAGAAUUCUAUGUGCUUUGAAAAUAUGAUCAGUUAACACUUUCCAUCAUAGAGUUUUGUCACGGGUGUGUUAAAGGAUCAAAAUAUACAAUUUUUUUUUUCCAAAUUUUUAACAUUUUGGUCUGCUUCCAAAUUUGAAGCUGUCACCUCUGGGUUAACUAGGGUUGUGAUGGCUGUUGCAAUUUGGUUAAGAAUCUGUCUUUUUCCACUUCUUUCCAGUGUACGCAACCAUGAGAAACCUUAGUAAGGCUGAGGAGCUGAUCCAGGCGGCAGGUCGAGCUCUGGGCAGGACUUUGGAGAUCAAACAGCUGGACGUGUGUGAUGAGGACUCCAUCAAAGCCUGUGUGGACAGCCUGCCUGAGCGUAGGGUGGACAUUCUCAGUAAGCCAUCACCCCUCGGUCCAAUGCACUCUAAAAAAUGUCCCAUGAUUGUUCAGGUUCUGCUGAUGAUGUUGAUUGUUCCUGCAGUGAUACAUAAUCUAAAAAAACUGUACUGUGCAAUUCUCAUCAUUAAGUGAAAUAAGUGACAUCCUUUCACAGUCAGUAAUGCGGGGAUGGGUCUGAUUGGACCAAUCGAGUGUCAGUCUGUGGAGGAGAUGAAGACAGUCAUGGACACCAAUUUCUUUGGGCUUGUGCGGCUGCUGAAGGAGAUCCUACCUGACAUGAAGAGGAGGAAAAAAGGCCAUAUUGUUGUGAUUAGCAGUGUGAUGGGGAUUCAGGGUGAGGACAGAAACAACAUCACAGCACUGCAAUAAACAGAAACAAAGUGUGAGAACAAACAGCUUGUACUAGGCUUUGUUAUAAUAUCAAGCAAUAAGGUGGAAACACUUUUUCUUGUCUAUUAUUAAAUUCAAAAUGAUGUUUAAAUGGUUAUUUCUCCUAUUUGCUAGUGUUUACAGGCAGUUUAGAUCUUUUUCAUGUUGUCUAAUAUCUCAGAUAUACAUCAGGACUUGUCAAGUGAAAAUGGCUUGCAUUAAGUCUAAUCAUACAUUUUAUGAUUAAUAUACUAUACUAUAUACUAUAAAUGCUUUAAUAGAAUCAAAACAGGCAACAUUUACCUGAAAAGUCCUGGUAAAUGUCUUUUUUUAAGAUAUCAUGAGCAAUAAAUGAAUGAGACAUAAUUUUCUCUUUUGAAAAAAAAAAAUCUACCAAUGAAAUUAAAAAAAAAAAAAGACAAAAACACUUGAUUUUAAGUUUUUGUGGUUAGAAUUUGUUUCUGAUGUAGUAAUAAAGUUCCUUUCACUGCUCUGAUUUUUAGGAAUAUUGUUCAAUGAUGUCUACGCAGCAUCCAAGUUUGCAGUGGAAGGCUUCUGUGAGAGCUUGGCAGUACAAGCUUUGAGGUUUAACCUCAGGUAAGAUACAAUAAUUUCAUGCUUCCUCUGGAAUCCUGUCUGUAGUGGUCAGUGGUUGUUUACUGAGAUCCAGUCUGCGUUGACAAAGUUGGGAUUAUUAAGGGAAACAGCAUUCCACCUCAGAGCUAACAUGAAAAUGCCUGCAAAUCCUCACUUAUCUAACACUCCUCUGCACACACAUAUUGCACAACCAAAGCAAUCAAAUAUACAAGCCAGAGUAUAUCUUGGCAAAAACAAACUCAACAUACCAGAUCUGAGGGCAAGUCCUAACACAGCCACACAGUAUUCAUGUGUUCAAAUGAAUAGCUCUGCAGGUAAGGGUCAAACAGGAGCAGGUUCUCUUCAUUAGAUGUGUCACCACAGUGUCUUUAAUGUUAAAUAAUGACACAUUUCUUCCUUUCUGUUUCCAGUAUCACCCUAAUAGAGCCAGGUCCAGUGAUAACAGAGUUUGAGCGGAAAGUCUAUGAUGAGGGUUUGAAAACUGAUCUUAGUAAAGCCGACAAAGUGACUGCCGACAUGUUCACAAAUAUCUAUCUGAAGAACUACAAACAAAUCUUUGAGACUCUCGGACAGACUGCUGAGGACGUAGCAGAGGUAGAGUAUUAUUUAUUGGCAAACAUCCUUGUGAACAGUAUCUGGUAUAGUUUCUAUGUUGGUUUCUAUGCUCUCUUUUUUUUCCAUGCAGCACACUCUCAAGAUCAUCACCAUGGAGAAUCCUCCUUUCCGUCACCAGACAAACACAGUUUACACUCCUAUGACCACACUCAAAUAUGCAGACCCCAACGGUGACCUCCCAAUAGACACAUUUUACAAAAUGGUGUUUGAGCAUGACAAGGUAUUCACCGCCAGUCUGAACUUCAUCAAGCUUCUGCGCUGGAGGAGUCGGAAGAGUUUUACGCUGGAAAAGGACAAGAGCAGCUAA